AUGGUACACACAAACACCUUACAAGACAAGGUCAUGUUUUCUCGUUUUACAAAACACUAUCGCCCCCAAUUCUCGAUGCCUGUAUCCGUGUAUGCCGUCUGCCGCCCGCCGAUCUACUAUCUAAGGUACCAUAUGUGGGUAAGCUUACGGGGUAGAUCCCUUCCCACCCCCUCCCCCAAACUCCAAGGUUUGGACCCAAAUCGAUGGGACAGGAAAAUGAACUACUUGCUCGUCUCCCGGAGCUCUGCGACGCCAUCUUGCCGAGGCGUAUAG